GUAAUCUUUUCAGUAAAUCAAGGCAUUCUGUCCGUUCUUUUUCGUUUGUGUGCAGAUAUACCGCUACCUUUCAUCCGAACUAGAAUAUAAUCUCACAAAGGAAGAACCGAAUGCAGUGGAAGCCCGUAUGGUGGAGACUUAAACACCGCUAUAAUGUCUUUUUUUUAUUAUUAAAGUGGAUUUAUUGAUCAUUUUCCUGCGAGCAUACUCAGAUGACCAAUAUUAGACAUAAUUUUAACGCUUAUUCGUUUUUGCUGCUUGUCUAUGGUUUUGUAGACUUCUUCGUUUCGAUCUUCAAAAGAGGGUAAUUUUUGGAAUCAUACUAUUCUUGGGUGAAACUGCAACCAUGUCCGGGGCGUCUGUGAAAGUCGCUGUCCGUGUUCGUCCCUUUAACUCAAGAGAGACAAGCAAGGAGUCGAAAUGCAUAAUUCAGAUGCAAGGCAAUUCUACUAUUAUAUCCAACCCCAAGAACCCAAAGGACCCAGCAAAGUCCUUCAGCUUUGACCACUCUUACUGGUCCCACACUACGCCUGAGGACCCUGCCUUUGCCUCACAGAGCCUUGUGUACAAUGACCUUGGCAAAGAGAUGCUGCAGCAUGCCUUUGAUGGCUACAACGUCUGCAUCUUUGCAUACGGCCAGACUGGAGCUGGGAAGUCCUAUACCAUGAUGGGCAGGCAGGAGGAAGGACAGGAGGGAAUUAUUCCACUGCUCUGCGAAGAACUCUUUGAGAAAAUCAAUGACAACAACAAAGAAGAGAUCUCUUACUCAGUGGAGGUCAGCUAUAUGGAGAUCUACUGCGAGCGGGUGCGGGACCUGCUCAACCCGAAGAACAAAGGGAACCUGCGUGUGCGAGAGCAUCCCCUGCUGGGGCCCUACGUGGAGGACCUGUCCAAGCUGGCCGUCACCUCCUACAAUGACAUCAACGACCUGAUGGAUGCCGGCAACAAGGCCAGGACGGUGGCUGCCACAAACAUGAACGAGACCAGCAGCAGGUCCCAUGCUGUCUUCACCAUCGUCUUCACACAGAAGAAGUAUGAUAGUGAAACGGAGCUCUCAACAGAAAAGGUUAGCAAAGUCAGUCUGGUGGACUUGGCAGGAAGUGAGCGAGCUGACUCUACUGGAGCCAAAGGCACCAGGCUAAAGGAGGGAGCAAACAUAAACAAAUCUCUGACCACAUUGGGGAAGGUCAUCUCUGCCCUGGCUGAGGUGGAUUAUACUACCAGCAAGAGCAAGAAGAAGAAGAAGACUGACUUCAUCCCAUAUAGAGACUCAGUUCUGACAUGGCUGCUUAGGGAGAAUCUAGGUGGAAACUCCAGAACUGCUAUGGUAGCCGCCCUCAGUCCUGCAGACAUCAACUAUGAUGAAACCCUCAGCACACUUCGCUACGCCGACCGAGCCAAGCAGAUCAAGUGCAAUGCUGUCAUCAACGAGGACCCCAACAACAAGCUUGUGCGUGAGCUGAAGGACGAAGUGACGCGACUGAAGGACCUGCUUCGCUCCCAGGGUCUAGGAGACAUCCUUGACAUUGAGCCAAUGGGGGAUGAUUGCCCUGGAAGUGGAAGCAAAUACCUGAAAGACAUACACAACAAUAAGCAUAGGUACUUGCUAGCCUCAGAGAACCAACGCCCUGGCCAUUUCUCCACAGCCCCUAUCGGCUCCCUGACAGCUUCGCCAUCCUCAGGCUCACUCUGCAGCCUAGUGGGCCCGCAGUCUGUCACCAGUAUCCAGGAGCGCAUCAUGUCCACCCCAGGAGGGGAAGAGGCUAUUGAAAGACUCAAGGAAUCAGAGAAAAUUAUUGCAGAGCUGAAUGAGACCUGGGAGGAGAAGCUUCGCAAGACAGAAGCGAUCCGCAUGGAGAGGGAAGCCCUGCUGGCCGAGAUGGGGGUUGCUAUCCGUGAGGAUGGUGGGACUCUUGGGGUCUUUUCCCCUAAAAAGACUCCUCACCUGGUGAAUCUGAACGAGGACCCUCUGAUGUCCGAAUGUCUCUUGUAUUACAUCAAAGAUGGAAUCACAAGGGUGGGCCAGGCAGACGCUGAGAGACGGCAGGACAUUGUCCUUAGCGGGGCCCAUAUCAAAGAGGAGCACUGCAUCUUCCAGAGUGAGAGGAAUGUAAAUGGAGAUGUGGUUGUCCUGCUCGUGCCUUGUGAGGGAUCAGAGACGUAUGUCAACGGCAAGCGUGUCGGGGCUUCGGUGCAGCUUCGAUCAGGGAACCGCAUCAUCAUGGGGAAGAACCAUGUGUUUCGGUUCAACCAUCCGGAGCAGGCGAGGGCCGAGAAGGAGGAGAAGGAGAAGGAGACCCCGACAGCAGAGACCCCCGUAGAGCCAGUGGACUGGACGUUUGCCCAGAGAGAGCUGCUGGAGAAGCAGGGCAUAGACAUGAAGCAGGAAAUGGAGAAAAGAUUAACAGAGAUGGAGAUUUUGUACAAAAAGGAGAAAGAGGAGGCAGACCAACUUCUGGAACAGCAGAGACUGGUAUAUGAGAGCAAGUUGCAGGAACUUCAGAAACAGGUGGAGACACGUUCACUGGCCGCAGAGACUCCGGAUGAAGAGGAAGACGAGGAAGAGGAAGAAGAGGUGCCCUGGACACAGCAUGAGUUUGAGUUAGCGCAGUGGGCCUUCAGAAAAUGGCGGUACCAUCAGUUCACCUCCCUCCGCGAUCAGCUGUGGGGCAAUGCUGUCUACCUGAAAGAGGCCAAUGCCAUUAGUGUUGAACUAAAAAAGAAGGUGCAGUUCCAGUUUGUCCUGCUGACAGACACCCUGUACUCGCCGCUUCCCCCAGAGCUGUCGCCCCCCGAGCUAGAGAAGGAACGUGACUCAAGGCCAUUCCCCCGCACCGUAGUGGCUGUGGAGAUCCAAGACCUGAAAAACGGUGCCACACACUACUGGUCACUGGAGAAGCUCAAGCAGAGGCUGGACCAGAUGAGAGAGAUGUAUGACCGUGCUGGGGAAAUGGCUUCUUCCAAUCAGGACGACAAUGAGGGGGCUCUGACAGGGAACGAUCCCUUCUACGACCGCUUUCAUUGGUUCAAACUUGUGGGGAGCUCCCCCAUCUUCCACGGCUGCGUCAAUGAGCAGCACCUGGCCGACCGCACACCCUCCCCCACAUUCUCCACAGCCGACUCCGACAUUACAGAGCUGGCAGACGAGCGGCAGAGCGAGAUGUCGGACUACAUGGACGACGAGGCAUUCGUGGAUGACACCAGCUCAGACGCUGGAACUGAGGAGGGCUCUGACAUGUUCAGUGAUGGCCAGGAUCCCUUCUACGACCGCUCCCCCUGGUUCAUACUGGUGGGAAGAGCCUUUGUGUACCUGAGCAACCUCCUCUACCCUGUGCCACUGGUCCAUCGUGUCGCCAUAGUGACAGAGAAGGGGGAUGUGCGUGGUUUCCUGCGUGUUGGUGUACAGGGCAUCUCUGCUGACGAGGAAGCCCCAGACUACGGGUCAGGAGUGAGACAGUCUGGAACUGCCAAGAUAUCCUUUGAUGAUGAAUACUUUAAGAAGAAUGACUUUCCUUCCACGGUUAUGACCCGCUCUGGCCUUUCUCUGGAGGAGCUGCGCUUCGUGGAGGGUCAGGGUCAGAGUUCAGACAUCACUACCUCUUCCGAGGAGCAAAACAGAAUCAAUGAUAUGGACCUGAAGCUGGAUAAAGGGAACUUGGUUGAUCCUAAACUUGGUUGUGGUGAGGGGCUGGCUGGCCAGUUGGAGGUGGGCAGUAUCUUUACGUUCCGUGUGACCGUGCUGCAAGCCAGUGGAAUCCUACCAGAGUAUGCUGACAUCUUUUGCCAGUUCAAUUUCCUCCAUCGUCACGAUGAAGCCUUCUCCACAGAGCCCCUUAAGAACACUGGGAAAGGCGCUCCUUUGGGCUUCUAUCACGUCCAAAAUAUUUCAGUGGAAGUGACAGAGUCGUUCAUUGAGUACAUCAAGACCAAGCCCAUGGUGUUUGAGGUGUUUGGUCACUACCAGCAGCACCCUCUGCACCUGCAUGGUCAGGACUUCAUCAGUCCUCCUCAGAUUGCCAGGAAGUACUAUCCUAUUCCAAUGCCUCUGUCUAAGCCAGACCAUGCACGUAAGAUAGAGUUGAUUCGUUACCUGAUGACCGGCGCCGUACCCGGCCAGGUGCUGGAUACGUUGUCUGAGCACGCCAAUGCCCUGGCAUCCACAGCCGUGGCCAGUCUGGAGGAUGGGGCCGACCAGCUCUCUCACUUCCCCUUUCUUCCCGUGCCCACCAGCCCUGUGCUGACUGUGCCCAGGCACCAUGUUCCAGCCACCAAGCUCAACACCAUCAGCAAGUCCAACCUGGGCCAGUGUGUGAGCAAGUACGACCUGCUGGUUUGGUUUGAGAUCAGCGAGCUUGAGCCCACUGGAGAGUACAUACCAGCGGUGGUGGAUCACAGUGGAGGACUGCCCUGUCAUGGAACGUACCUACUACAUCAGGGGAUCCAGCGCCGGAUCACUGUCACUCUUAUCCAUGAGAAGGGCAGUGAACUCCACUGGAAGGAUGUACGUGAGCUGGUUGUUGGCCGGAUCAGGAACAAGCCAGAGGUAGAUGACUCAGCAACAGAUGCUGUCCUGUCCCUCAACAUCAUCUCUGCCAAAAACAUAAAGUCAUCCCACAACGCUAACAGGCUUUGUCUUGAUAAGGAUAUUGCUAGGAUCUUCUACAGGUUCGAGGCUGUGUGGGACAGCUCUCUGCACAACUCCCUCCUACUCAACCGAGUCACUCCGUAUGGAGAGAAGAUAUUUAUGACCCUGUCUGCAUACCUGGAGCUCGACCACUGCAUUCAGCCGGCAAUUAUUACCAAAGACAUUUGCAUGGUCUUUUACUCCAGAGAUGCUAAGAUCUCCCCUCCCCGCUCUCUGAGGAACCUCUUUGGAAGCGGCUACUCCAAGACCCCUGACUGCAACAGAGUAACUGGCAUCUAUGAGCUGAGCUUGUGCAAGAUGUCUGACACAGGAAGCCCAGGUAUGCAACGGAGGAGGAGGAAGAUUCUGGACACAUCUGUGGCCUACGUUCGGGGAGAGGAAAACCUGGCUGGCUGGAGGCCCAGAGGAGACAGCCUCAUCUUGGAGCACCAAUGGGAGCUGGAGAAAAUGGAACAGCUGCAUGAGGUGGAGAAAACUCGUCACCUGCUGCUGCUGAGGGAGAAGUUAGUGGAAACGGACCCAGCUACAGGUCCUGGGGGACCCACCAGCAAGUCCCUGAGCGAGUCACUGUCACUUAGCAUGAGCAGUGGCACACUGAGCACCUCCACCUCCAUCUCCUCCCAGAUUUCAAGCACCACCUUUGAGAGUGCCAUCACACCCAGUGAGAGCAGCGGCUACGAUUCAGCCGACAUCGAAAGCUUGGUGGACCGCGAGAAGGAGCUGGCCACCAAGUGCCUCCGCCUUCUGACCCACACCUUCAACAGUGAAUACAACCAGGUGUGCAGCAGCAUCAGCGACUGUAAGCUGUCAGAUAUUUCGCCGAUGGGCCGUGACCCCUCGGUGACAAGCUUCAGCAGUGCCACCCUGACCCCGUCCUCCACAUGCCCCUCCCUCUCGGACUCCCGCUGUGGCUCAGUGGAUCAGAAGACCCCAGAGGCCAACUCACGUGCCUCCAGCCCGUCCUGCUCAGACUAUGAGAAUUUCCCUAUGGUGCCCACUCUGGAGACAUCGUAUCUGGCUCGAGCAGGCAAAAACGAGUUCCUCAACCUGGUGCCCGACAUUGAGGAGAUGAGACCAGGAUCUGUGGUGUCCAAGAAGGGGUUCCUGAGCUUCAUGGAACCACGCUCCAACUCUUGGGUGAAGCACUUUGUGGUGGUUCGCCGGCCCUACGUGUUUAUCUACAACAAUGACAAGGACCCGGUUGAGAGGGGAGUGCUCAAUCUCUCCACGGCCCAGGUGGAGUACAGCGAGGACCAGCAGGCCAUGCUCAAGACCCCCAACACAUUCGCUGUGUGCACAAAGCACAGAGGGAUCCUGCUUCAGGCUAACAAUGACAAAGACAUGAACGACUGGCUAUAUGCUUUCAACCCGCUGCUAGCAGGAACCAUAAGGUCAAAGUUGGCGAGAAGGCGCUCAGGUCUGCUGAAGAACUGAAGUAGUUAAUCUGAGAGCAGGACAAGAUGACCCCUAUUCUUCAGACUAGCCUUGAAACAUAUACAAAGUGUUAACACUUAUUAACCAUUGUGAUUUUUGACAGUUUUUCUCUUAUAUGUAGAGUUGUGGCUUAAGUCUCAAGCAACUAAGUUUAAGUUCCUGAAAGCCUGCUUACCCCACCCCCCGCCCCCAAGCCUUUUGUGUUUUUGUUUCAGAUUUGUCUUUAUGUUUUGCUUUGUUGUCAUUACCAUCCUUGAGCCCUCUAACUAGUAGCAUGUUGUAAUAGUCUACUUGUGUGUGCACGAUUCUUCAGAAACAGGUUCUGGCCACUCUCUAAGUUUACUAAUCGUCUGUAAAGAUAGUCUUUUUACGUGUUAUCUGUCUGUCAAGAAUUUAUUUUUUUAUUUUACGCACCCGCAUGACAAAAGCAGCAGUCCUCAGGAGAAGACAAGAUUUGCUUAUUUUACAAAACAAUACAUGCGACAGAUUAAGGUAGCUUCAGUUAUAUGACGUAGAUGCACAACUGCAAAGUGGUGUCCAUUUCCACAACAGCCAAGAACGUUGAUGCGUACUGCUAAACCUCUGCGCUGUUUCGGUCCGAUGGCUACCACAGUAACAGUGGGACGCAAACCUGUACCAGUGCUUUGUGUGACUUUGUGAAAGCAAGGUCUUGGAUAUCGCUCAUUGCAACAGCUGCUGUGCUGUUCAUACCAUGCCUUUUUGCUGAGCCAACCUUAAAAAUAAUACAAGUGAAGGGGAAAUAAAAAAAGAAGAGAAAAAUCCAGCUACGCACCCCCAUCGAAAGCAACACUGGUUUUCAGUCUGACAUGGCAUUGGGCCUCAGUCCCUCUUAAAGUAGAAUACAGCCCAGCUAUGCCACCCACACUCCCCUAAUUCUUUGUGCAAAAUACAGAACAGAAACAAGAACUGCUGUUAAAGUUCUAUAUUUUCAUCUAGAUAUAACUGCAGCCUUGAUGCAACACAAUUAUUGUUGAUCACGCUGUAUCUAUGUCUCACUGUUUGCCUCUAAAAACACUCUGCCACAAAUAUAACCCUGCAAAGAAAUGAGUGGUUAGGACGUCCCUGGAACAUCUGGACAUGGUGUCAUUGUAUGUCCUUUAGAUGUGUCCUGUUUUCUUGGAAGCAGUGCUGUCUGUCUACAUGCAUAGACUUUCAAAGCAAUUUGGCAUGUAGGAAUACCAUGUUAAAAAAAACAAAUAUCCAAAGAAAAAACAUGAUUCAGUAAUGAAAACAUGAAAUUGGACAUGCACAAUAUGAAAUUGGAUGAAAAUGCAUUACAGAACACCUUUCUACUCUUUUACCAGUUCAGCUGACCUUGUUAUCACAGUUAGAAUAGAUGCAAAGAAAAAUAAUAUACCAAAUCACAAAUACAGAGGAGAACAUCAUUGCACAUAAUGUUCCAGAUUCUGUGUUGUAGACAGCCCUCAUUAAGAAUUUUAAAGACCUUCCUCUUAUCAAUCUCAAUCUUAGUGCUUUUUCUAUACUGCUCCAUUCAGGUUCAGUGCUCAUCAGCUCACAGCCACACUAGACAGCUUUUAUUUGGUGUUUUAUCAUUGUUUAACUACAGAAAUAACACUGCGCACACAGAUGGAGCCACAUGGGUUUGGAUGGCCUUGACUUGAUGGUUCUAGUGUUUUGCCUUGUGAAGAAAGACUGGAUGAUACCCUGCAUCUGGUCCAUGCACUCCUUUAAAAUCCAUCAGGCACUGUGUUUCUUUCGGUGAAAUGGAUAUGAUGGGUGGAAUUAACACAGAUAUUGUGAUUGUUUGAUUUUUUUAACCUAACCUCAUUACCUUGGCUUAGAAUACUCAUCUUUUUUAUUUUUUAUUUGCACCUAAUUAUUUCAUUCAGUUUGGUCAUUCCACAAGGGGCUUUGAUAUGGAAAUAAUGUAAACGAUUUGUGAGAAGGAAAUGUUCCCCCAGCUCUAUCCUGCUAAUAUAUGUUUACUGUAUGUUUAACAUUAUUUUGCACAUUUACACAACUACAGAAAGACAAUACAGCAGACCAGACGUAUUCUGGCCAAUAUUGUUAAAAUCUUAGUACCGGCAGUUGUAAAUACAAGGUCUUCUAAUGAAAGUAUUGAUAACAAUGUGAUGGUUUACCAACCAGUUAGCACAGCAUGUUCCAACGACUCAAAAAAAUAAACGUUCCUGCAGGAACAAAGGUAUUAGCUGGGCAAUGUGCAUUAUGGUUUAAUAAGUAUGACUAACUAUAGACCACUGUCUGGGAUAAAAGGGAUAGAACAUGCUCUGAUGCUUUUUCUAACUUCUUUUCUGUUAUUUAUGAAAAUAUUUGCUCUGCUUGUCAAUACGUCAACUGCGGCCACUUAAUGAAGGUCCAUAAAAAUGAUGAAGUGACAUAUUCACACAGGGGCUCUGUCGCCACAUUUGGUGGUACCAUGCUACACUGUACUGUACUGCUUGGGAAGGAUGGCAUAUGCAGAGGGCAAUGAGAUGGCUCUGGCCCAUCAACUAGUAGUUCCGAUUACCCUUCAUGCACUGCAAAGAUGAUCUGAAGUUUGUGUGUAGUGACCAUUGUGGACAACCCUCUGUGUUUGGGGUUUCAUUCAGAAUUACAGCUAUUAGCUAAAAAUAUGACAUUGUCACUUAAGUUGGAGAUUCUUCAACAGCAUUUUCUUAGAGAACAAAUGACAAUUGCUGAAAGAUAUUCUGCCCUCAGGUCAACCCGCCUAUCGCAGGUCAGAUAGAAAAGCCUUUAGCACAUUAUUUAUUUGUUACUCUAAGGUUUGCAAAAAUAGUUCUCCUUGUCAUAGUAUCUGUACUGAACCAAUACUUUAUUGAAGGACAAGCUUUAUUCCACCUCAAAGAUUACAGAGCGGCCUCUAUGCACUGAUCAAAAGCGCAAAGUUUACCUCGCAUUAACUUGAGUAAGGAAAUGUAUGAGCUAAUACAAACAUUCAUAUGAUUACCUGUCAAAGCAAAGGUUUUCACUUGGCUACUAAUCUAGAUGAUAAUAUAUUAUUAUGAAUUGUUUCAACUCUAUUUAUUGUUUUGUAUAUAUUAGUUUGCAGCUCUUUGCACAUAAUAAUAAAUGCUAUAACUAACUGAUCAAAUUCUGCUCAAUUGAACUGUUUCACUACAAAUGAACCAAAUGGCAUGCUGCAUUUGCAAGCUGAGACAUUUUGAGGAGAAAGUUGAAUGUACUGUCAGGAUGUUUCUGUGUAUUUUUUCCAUCAUCAAAUAGGAAUUAGAGAACUAAAAUGCAUCCCAUUUGAGCCUCAUUUUUGAAAAAUGGGUCAAUUUAGUGCUUCCUUAUGAGAAUAUUAAUUUUCAACUAUAUUAUUCAUAGCUAGCCAUCUACAUUAUUAGUCUUUUUUUGUUUUGUUUAUAAUAUCAGGGAGUAUAUUAAGAAGCUAUUGUUCCUAAGGCAUCCAAAAUUAAAGUAUACCAUGAUUUCUCAAGAUGUCUUCACCUCAACGCUUUCCUAUGCUGCCUUUAAAACAAAACUAGCCAUGAUAUUUUGCUUUUUCCCCCAGUCGGAAGACUUAACUUGUUUUUAACAAACAUUCCUUCUGAUUUAUUCAUAAAAAUGGCAAACCAAGACAUUAAUGCUGUACAUUAUUUGUCAGAUUGGCUUCAUUUUCAUACUUAAUUUGUAAAUAUCUGUGUUGUAUGGGGCUUUAAUUAAAAUGUAAAUAUGUUCCCUGUAUUUGUAAUAAUUAUAAUCCAUUCGCUGUAUAGCCUAGACAUGUCAUGCAGAUAUCCUAAUUCUGUGUAUGGUAAUCUUGCACCAUUGAACUGUUUAGUGAAUGAGGUGUUACAAUAAAAGUACAACCCGUGCUAAAGCAGAAUAAAUGUGA